AUGACCGACACUCUCCUCUCCAACCUCCGUCUGUACCCCAAGAUCGCAUGCGUGGCGGUCGCGCUGGCGUUGGCGUUUCUGCUCGCAGGCUACGACACCGUGGUGCUGGGCAACAUCACAGCCGUGCCGGAGUUCAAGCGCGAGUUCGGCACAGAAUACCACGGCAAGUCGAUAAUUCCGACCGCAUGGCUCUCUGUCUGGAGCGCAGUCGGGCCUAUCGGGUCGAUGGCCGGCGCCGCGGCGGCCGGAUGGCUCCAGGACCGGGCAGGACGGCGGCCAUCCCUGGCGGCCAGCUGUGUGGUGUGCGCGGUGGGAAUAGCAGUGGCCUUUUGUGCGAAUCUCGCCGGUUCGAUCGCGAGUCGACGCGGGGUGUUUCUGGUCGGUCGUACGCUGCAGGGCGUCGGUGUCGGCGGCGCAAUGGCGGGCGCGCAGACGUACCUUUCUGAGACUGUCCCCGUCGGAUUACGCGGCUCAGCGCUGUCACUGUCGCCUGUGUUUAUGUUAAUCGGCGAGCUAGUUGGGGCGGCGGUCAUCGAUGCUGCAGAGGGUCGGGGAGACACGGCGGCGGCGUAUCUCAUCCCCUUUGGCUCGCAGUGGGCGUUUACUGCGCUGCCGUUUCUUGUGGCUUGUCUGGUGCCUGAAUCACCGGCAUAUCUGCUUCGUCGGGGACAGAUUGAGGCUGCGCGAGCUUCACUAUCUCGGCUGCACACUACCAGUGUUGACAUCACGUCUAUGUUGGAAGAGAUCCGUCUGUCGCUCGAACUAGAAGAACAGCUGGCCCUCGAAGUCUCAUACCGCGACUGCUUCCACGGCGUCAACCGCCGUCGCACUCUGAUCGUCUGUUUCGCGUUCGUCGUACCAUCCUUCUUUGGAGUUCCGCUGCUCGCCUCCGCCAGCUACUUCAUGCAGACGCUGGGUAUGUCCUCGUCUCUCAGCAUUCUCGUCCUCCUCCUCGGUAUCGUGUUGGGUCUUCUCGCCAACGCAGUCGGUGUGUGGCUCACCAGUCGUAUCGGACGCCGUCCUCUCAUGCUUGUCUCCCUGACACUAGCAACGCUUCUCUGGCUGAGCAUGGGUAUUGCGGGCUGCUGGCCCUCCACAAACGCAGUGACCUGGUACGCCGCCGCCAGCAUGAUCGCCGUGGUGGUUGUGUGCGGCCUCGGUGCUUGGCCGGCCUCGUAUGCGGUCGCUGGCGAGGCCUCGUCGCUGCGUCUCAGGGCUCGCACGCAGGGGCUGGGUGUUUUGACGUAUAUGCUCUCAAACGUGGUGAUGGAUCUGGUGUUGCCGUACAUUUACAACACCGACGCCGGGGAUCUGCGGGCGAAAACGGGGUUUGUGUACGCCGGACUGUGUGCGGUGACGGCAGCGACUACUUGGCUCCUGGUGCCUGAGAUGAAGGGGAGGACAGCGAUGGAGAUUGACGAGAUGUUCGAAGCACGGUUGCAGUGUCGGCAGUUCGGGGGACAUGUCGCAGCCAAGGUGUAA